UGUUUUUUUUACUCCCUUCGUAAUUUCAAUCUAUUUAUAUGAGAAUUUUGCUUUUGAUAUUCGUCUAUCGAAAUAAGCAUGGAAAAAUUUUGUUUUCCGGAUACUUGAGUAUUACAUUGAUACUCUUUUUACUCAUGAUUUUAGUUGCAGGCCAGAUAAGAUUGUUAAGGCCAGAAAUAUGUCUAAUAUUUUUAAAUUGAAAAGUGAAAUAAUCAAUUUGUUGGCAACUUGUCCAAACUAUUUUCGUAUUUUUUUUAGUUUGGAUUAUUGUAUUGGAACGGGGAGUAGGUCUACUUUUUCAGUAAUAUCCAUAGUUCUUUUUAGUUAAAACAGCAACAGUUAAGAUUUGAUUAAAUCAACUUGCACAACUUUGGAUAACAUGGAUUGGAUUUUUUUUGUUUGGGUUUAGUGGAAGUGAUAGUUUCAUCACUAAGAAAAUAAUUUUAUAUUUAGAACAAUAUUAUUCUAGCAUUUUUGGGCAUUUUCACUCUUAAGAAAGAGCCAUAUAUUGGUAAGUAUUAAAUCUUUUUGAUGCGAUUGAUGUUUGUUUGACAGUCAAAAAAUUAUAAAUCAGUCACAUAAUCUAGUCAGCCGGAUAGUUAUGUCAAAUUUGGGACGUGUUUUGACUUUAAAAAAACAAGACGAUUAUAGUGAAAUUCAAUGACAGAGAUCUUGUGUCAAAAAUUAAACAGUAUGUGUGCAUAAGUAUUCGUGCACAAGUGUACGUGCACAAGUGUACGUGCACAAGUGUGCGUGUACAUCAUUUGUUUGCCGGAUUUUAAAGAGUGUUCGAUGAUAAAGCACACAAUUUAAUGAUUAGGUAAUUGAAGUUUAAUGACAUUCAAAGAUCAUUCCACAAUCGAUCGAAUUUUCAAUAUUUUCCAAAAAGUUGAUUUUGGAAUCAAUAAUUAUAAUGGCGUUGCACAUUUUAAUGCGUAUAUUUGGAGUUUUUGUGGUAGCAACUGUGUGUUUCUUUAGUAUUUAUAAUGGCACAACACUAUUCACUCUUCAUCCAGUGCUUAUGUCUUCAGGAUUUCUUUUGCUAAUGAGUGAGGCGAUCGUUGCAUUCACGUCGAAUUCAUUUGUGGCUAGUAAUUUAAAAUAUAAUGAACGAUUGACAUUGCAUUGGAUGCUUCAAUUGAGCGCAGCUACAUUGAUUGGUCUUGCAUUCUUUAGCAUUUAUUCACAUAAAAACAACAAUAAUUACGACCAUUUCGUUACGCGUCAUGCCAGUUUAGGUUUGACCACUUGUCUCAUGCUUGUUGGCACAAUGUGCGGAGGAAUUGCUGCCCGCUACAGCUCAGCAUUCAGAAAAAAAAUUAAACCGGCCUUACUGAAAAUCAUUCAUUCCAUAGUUGGUGUGAUUACUUAUACAAUGGCGAUUAUCACAUUCUGUCUUGGCAUUGAUUCGGAAUGGUUCCGUGCUCAAAGUGGCGCAAAAUUGGUAACAAUUCUUACAUAUUCAACUGGAAUUCUUGCAAUUCUUGCACUUAUUCAACCUUUUCUAUCCAUCCUUACAAAGAUGCGGAAGGUUAAUAAUGAAAAUUGAUCUUUAUAUACUUACGUUCUUUAUUACUAUUUUAUAUGAGCAGUCCAAAUUAAAAAUACAUUUAUUGAAAUUAUUAUGCGAAAUAAAAUAAAGCACAUAUGUGUGCAAUGCUGAAA